UCACCGGAAGGCUGUUCCUUCUCAAGACGCGGGGCAGGAACUGCAGUGCAGCACCGGGCGGGACGGCGUCUUGCUCACUCCUACCGUUUUACCCCGCGGUUCCGCUGCGGAAUUGAUUAGCCAAAUGUUGGCAUAAGAAACCCGGUGGUGCAGAGCAGGCGAACCUCCAUUCUGCCCACGCGCCUGGUGGGAGAAAUAGAGGUGGCAAGGCCCGCUUCAGUGUCCCUGCAGAUCAGAGGGGAGGGGCCACGCUUUGUCCCCAUCAGCAGAAGGAUGAGGCUUGAUGCCUUCACAGCUCGGAGGAAGAGGGACCCUGGCAGGCAGAGUCUCGCUAUGUCCUUGUGGCUGGCCAUUGUGUCCCCCAGGCUGGCCUCAAACUUGAAGUGAUUCUCCUGCCUCAGCCUCCUGAGUGCUGCGAUCACAGGCCUGUGCCACCACACACAGUUCACACACAGGGAUCUGAUGGGAAGCAGUGCCCCUCUUACCCUUGACAGAGACCCCAGGGCAGGAGCGAGGAAGCAGCCGUACGCCGGAUUUGUCUUAAAUGGAGUCAAAACCCUGGAGACCCGGUGGCGUCCCUUGCUAAGCACCCACAAGCACCAGACCAUCGCCAUCCACAUCGCUCACAGGGACUGGGAAGAUGACAGCUGGUGGCAGCUGCUGGUGGAGAGGCUGGGGAUGAGCCCUGCGCAGGUUGAGGCCUUGCUCCAGGAAGGGGAGCAGUUUGGACGCGGUGUGAUCGCAGGGCUCAUUGACAUCGGGGAGACUUGGCUGUGCCCAGAUGACUUAGCCCCUGAGGAGGUUGAGGGGCUGGAAAAUCAAGCUGUCCUGACCAACCUGACGCAGAAGUACCUGACUGUGAUUUCCAACCCCAGGUGGUUACUGCAGCCCUUCCCGAGGAGAGGGGGGAAGGAUGUAUUCCAGGUGGACAUCCCGGAGCACCUGAUCCCUCUGGGGCCGGAGCUGUGACUCUUGGGGGCUGCAGGCAGGAGCAUCACUGAGAGGCCAACUGAAGCAGACCAAGCUUCCUUCAUGAUGGUGCAGACCUGGGAAAUCAUCAUGAAUCGCCCCUGCCCUGGGUGGUGCUGCCCGCUCAGGACUGUUCUUGGGCACAGACUUCUUUCCCCAGGUGAAGAGAGUCUCGGCCAGGACCUGCCUUCAGGGUGUCUCUUGGGCUCAAGGACAGAGUGUCAAGUACCUGACUUUCACACGCAGGAGGGUCUUCUCGUUUCCACUGACUUUGGUGUGCUGCUUUGCAGACUGUACAAAUAAAUGUGUCCGUGAUCAUC